CCCUACUGACCGGGACUGGAAAACUACAACAACAACAACACACCAGCCCAGCUCGGCAACAACACACCAGCCCAGCUCGGCAACAACACACCAGCCCAGCUCGGCAACACCACACCAGAAUGAUGUUCCGGAACAGCCCAGAAGGUUAAGCGCCAGGAAAUCCAAGUCGGUGUACCGUCGACUGAUGGUUCUAGAGAAGCCCAAACUGAAAACGGAGGAUGUCCCGCUCGCUGAUGACCACCGCGCACCCACCAAAAGCCAGGCUGCCACCAAGCCUCACGGUGUCACCGUUGAAAGCAGCUCACAACAGCCCUCGGCUAGCCAAUCACACAAGAGCAUCUCAGAACAGCUGAGCAGUAGCAGUCAAUCGGAGAAGAAGAGCGCGCCGGCCCACGAUGAGAAGAGCAGCCAGCCGAGUAGCAGCGUACCCGAGAACAAGUGCGAGGUGUGUGGCCUGGUGGUCAGCAGUGCCGUGGCUUUACGACAGCAUUGGAGGGUGCACAGGUCGGAGAUGGACUGUGUGUGCCACAAGUGUGGCAAGAUCUGCCCCAACGAGCGCAGCCUGACCUGCCACCUGCUUCGACACACGUACGGCGAACGGAAAAAACGCAGAGAAAGAGCAGAGAAAGCGGCUAGCCAGAAAACGGAGCAAGUCUUCGUUAAGACGGAGAAGACGACGGGGACAGCGGGUCUGUUGGCGGCGGCGCCGGUCCAAAACACUUGUCAGGAGCAGGCCAGGAGGUUAAGUGAGAGGAUGUCCAAGUCAGAGUAUCGUCACAGAGUGAUUUCACACACGUCUCAGCCGCCCGCGGCCCUAAGCGUCCAGACAGCACAUUGCACCAACACCACCACCACCACCACCACCUCCCUGACAGCCACCAGUCCACAUAAAGCAGCUCCCAGCCCGGCCGAGCAGCAGCAGCAGCAGCAGCAGCAACCACAGCCGGGCCAGUACCCCUGCCAGGUGUGCGAUGAGGUGUUCAGCAGCAUGGCGUCUCUGGAGCAGCACCAGGAGAUCCACAGGGACACAGCGCACCCUUGUGGCUGGUGCGGGCGACUGUUCCCGUCGGAGGAGGCCAUGACGAGCCACGCGCGCAUACACGCCGAGAAAAAGAGGUACCAGUGCGACAGGUGUGACAAGUCCUUCCCGUACCGCUACUCCCUGACGCGCCACCUGGUGCGGCACGGUCUGGCCAGGAGCCACGCGGCCGCCACCGCUGCCACCGCCGCCAUCACCGUCACCAUCGGCGCGACGUCCGCCGCCUCCCUCAAGCCGUACCCCUGCAGCAUCUGCGGCAAGCGGCUGUCCAACAAGAGCUCGCACCGCGUCCACAUGCGGCUGCACAUGCGCGGCGGGGCGGCGGCCGAGAAGCCCCACAAGUGCAGCGUCUGCAGCCAGCCCUUCCAGCACCUCAAGUCCCUGGUGGUCCACAUGAAGAAGCACGAGGGGGAGAAGCCGUACGGCUGCCUCACCUGCGGGAAACGCUUCCUAUACGCCAACAGCCUGACGCUGCACCAGCGCAUCCACACCGGGGAGAUGCCCUACCAGUGCACAGUCUGCGGCAAGAGAUUCAGGCAGGCGGGAAACCUCAACUUCCACGUCAAGCAGCAUCACAGCGUACACACGCUAGUGCUGACUGCAGGCAUAGCACAGAGGAAAUAAAUAAAGCUUUGUUUGGUAACACUUUAUAAUAAGAGGUGCAUAAAAGCAUGAUAAAGACUUAGUAAAUAAUUAACUAAUGAUGAACAAAAGAUUAACACUUUUUGUUAUUUACUAAGUUUUAUUAACGCUUUAUAAAAUGUUUACAAAUAAUAUGUUCAAGUAUUUUUUAAAAAAAUUUAAAUGUUUGAUACAAAAACUUGCCUACAAAAUGACACAUUUCCCACUCUUUUACAUUUAUGUUUUGUUCAUUUCUUAAUUAUUUACAAAAUGUUUAUAAUGCUUUUUAUGCAUCACUUAUUAUCAAGUGUCAACCUUUGUUUUCAUGUUUUGGGAGAUACUGUAUGCAGUCAGCAGCUGACUAAGAGAUGAUUGUUUUUCUCUUUUUUUCCUUUUUUAAUGCAAAAAAUAUAGUCUUUUGUUCGCGUUUGUAAAACAUAUAAAUUCCCCAAAUAGGUUCUUCUAUAUGCUGUAGGGCAUUGUCUAACUUGAUAUGACCAGUAGUUGGUUGAUAUGGGUCCUCAUCCCAGUUUCCAUUGACUGUCAGACAGUUCAGUUGUGUUUCAACUUAGUUUCAUGCUUCUGCUGGUUUUAGUCUGAAAUAUUCUUCAAAUGGCUAAUGCUUCACAGGACGUUAAGCAAAAAAAAAUCUGUUUUACACUCGACCAAUCUGUCAAAGAAUAAAAUUUGUGCUUGAUUGGA